UAGACCCUGUAGACCUCUCAGGUCCCUGUACCCCCUAUCCAGGUCCCUACAGUCCCCAAUGAGCCCCCCCAGGGGCUGCCAGCCCAGUCCCUAUGACUCCCAGAAGCUCUGCCUGGGCCCACUGGGCUCCAGCACUCUCCAUCCUCACCCCCUAUAGCGCCCCUAUAGCGCCCCUAUAGCCCUUCGCCCCCUCCACGUGCGCCUCUCGCAGGGAGGGGCGUUUCGGUCACGUGGGUGGGCGGGGGCGCCGGCGCGAGUCACGUGGCGGCGCGGGUCACGUGACUGGCCCCCCGCCAUGCUGUCGCGGCUGCUGAAGGAGCACCAGGCGCGCCAAGGCGAGCGGCGCGAGCUGCAGGAGCGGCGGCGCAGGGAGGCGAUCACGGCCGCCACGCGCCUGACGGAGGCCCUGGUCGAUCACCUCAAUGUGGGAGUGGCGCAGGCGUACGUGAAUCAGCGCAAACUGGACCAGGAGGUGAAGGCGCUGCAGGCGGCGGCGGCGCAGUUUGCGCGGCAGACGGGGCACUGGAUCGCCAUGGUGGAGAGCUUCAACCAGGCCCUCAAGGAGAUCGGCGAUGUGGAGAACUGGGCGCGCAGCAUCGAGCUGGACAUGCGCACCAUCGCCACCGCCCUCGAGUACGUCUACAAGGGGCAACUCCAGCCCUCGGGGUCCUGAGCGCCCCCCGGGACCCCCCCCGGGACCCCCCAACUCUGCUGGAUCCCCCCCAACCCCCCCCCCAAGCCCCCCAAUUUCACUACGCUCAAGUACAUCUCUAUGGAGCAGCGCCAGUAUUUGGGUUCCUGAGGUGCCACUGUGACCCCCACACACACACACCUCAGGACCCCCAAAACUGCAGGGACACCCC